AUGUCGAAGUCCCAAACGGGCCCUCCCGCGGCCGCACCGAAGCCCGCGUGGGUCCUCCCGUACGCUACGGAGAACCUGCGCGAGGUGUACACGCUGGGCCGGAAGCUGGGCCAGGGCCAAUUUGGCACCACCUUCCUCUGCACGCACAACGCCACGGGCCGCACCUUCGCCUGCAAGUCAAUCCCCAAGCGCAAGCUUCUCUGCAAGGAGGACUACGACGACGUUUGGAGGGAGAUUCAGAUAAUGCACCACCUCUCUGAACACCCCAACGUCGUCAGGAUCCACGGCACCUACGAGGACUCCUCCUCCGUCCACCUCGUCAUGGAGCUCUGCGAGGGCGGCGAGCUCUUCGACAGGAUCGUUCAGAAGGGUCACUACAGUGAGCGCCAGGCCGCAAAGCUCAUUAAGACCAUUGUUGAGGUUGUCGAGGCUUGUCACUCGCUUGGAGUCAUGCAUAGGGACCUCAAACCUGAGAACUUUCUCUUCGACACUGUUGAGGAAGAUGCGAAGCUCAAAACCACCGAUUUUGGCUUGUCUGUGUUUUAUAAGCCAGGUGAGACCUUUUGUGACGUUGUUGGAAGCCCAUACUAUGUUGCACCAGAGGUCUUGCGUAAGCAUUAUGGACCUGAAUCAGAUGUUUGGAGUGCUGGUGUCAUUUUGUAUAUCUUAUUAAGUGGGGUGCCACCAUUUUGGGCUGAAACUGAGCAGGGGAUUUUCCGACAGAUUUUGCUAGGAAGACUUGAUUUCCAGUCCGAGCCAUGGCCCAGUAUUUCAGACAGUGCCAAGGAUCUGAUUAGAAAAAUGCUUGAUCGGAAUCCAAAAACAAGGCUUACAGCUCACAAAUUACUCUGUCACCCAUGGAUUGUUGAUGACAACAUUGCACCAGAUAAGCCUCUUGAUUCUGCUGUUUUAUCACGCCUGAAGCAGUUCUCUGCAAUGAAUAAACUUAAAAAGAUGGCUUUGCGUGUUAUUGCGGAAAGGCUGUCUGAGGAAGAAAUUGGUGGUCUGAAGGAGUUAUUCAAGAUGAUUGAUGCAGAUAACAGCGGAACUAUAACAUUUGACGAGCUAAAAGAAGGCUUAAAGCGGGUAGGAUCUGAACUAAUGGAGUCUGAAAUCAAGGAUCUUAUGGAUGCAGCAGAUAUUGAUAAUAGUGGGACGAUUGACUAUGGUGAAUUCAUUGCUGCUACGGUCCACUUAAAUAAGUUGGAGAGAGAGGAAAAUCUGAUGUCAGCUUUCUCCUAUUUUGACAAAGAUGGAAGUGGUUACAUAACCAUUGACGAGAUACAACAGGCUUGUAAGGAUUUUGGUUUGGAGGAUGUCCAUAUUGAUGAAAUUGUCAAGGAAAUUGAUCAAGACAACGAUGGACAGAUAGAUUAUGGGGAAUUUGCUGCCAUGAUGAGAAAGGGCAAUGGAGGAAUCGGCAGGCGAACCAUGAGGAGCACGCUCAAUUUUAGAGAUGCCCUGGGCAUUGUAGAACAUGGGUCCGAUUAA